AUGUCCAUGAUCAGCACAGAGCUCGACUGGCUCGAAAUCCGCCUCCACGAGCUCUAUCACGAAGUCGACUACUUCAUCAUCGUCGAAGCCGUCACGACCUUCACCAAGACCCCAAAGCCGCUCCACGUGAAAAACGCCUGGUCCAAAUUCCGCCGCUACCACUCCAAAAUGAUCCACCACGUCGUCGACUUCUCCCCGCUCACCAUGCAGAAAAACGACACCUGGGAGCAAGAGAACUUCAUGCGCCAGGCCAUGUACGACCAGGCUCUCCUCUCCCAGAUCGGCAACAAAGCCCCCCAGCUCGGCGACGUACUGAUCGUGUCGGACGUGGACGAGGUCCCACGACGUAGCACUAUUCCCGUGCUCCGAAACUGCGCGUUCCCAGCACGAACGACGUUACGGAGUGAUUUCUACUACUACAGUUUCCAGUGGAAGCACCGGGGCAAACUAUGGGAGCACCCUCAAGCCACAUUCUUCAAAGGCAUGAACGACACCAUUGGCCCGCAUGAGCUGCGCGGGGGUAUCUGGAGUAAGCCGUAUUUCGAGUUCUAUAACGCGGCGUGGUCGUGUUCGUCGUGUUUUGCUACGCUGAAGGAUUUGAGGACGAAGAUUACGAGCUUUUCGCAUGUCGAGUAUAAUUUGGAGAAGUUUCGCGAGACUGGCUGGUUGGUGGAUUGUGUGAGGUUUGGACGGGAUCUUUUUAAUAGGACUAGGGAGGUUUAUGAUCGCGUCGAGGGGAAUAGGGAUUUGCCGGAGGUGUUGUUGACGGAGGAGGGGAGGGGGAAGUUUGGGUAUAUGCUGGAUCGUGAUGGGGUGGAUGGGGGUUUGAGGGAUGUGGAGCCUUGA